UCUCCUUCCUCUUUUGAGACACCAAUUGUUGAAUUUAGGGCUCACCCUAAAUCCAGGAUGAUUUUAUCUUGAGAUCCUUCACUAAUUAUAUCUACAAAGACUCUAUUUCUAAAUCAGGUCACAUUCUGAGUGAACACAUAUUUUAGGGGUACAUUAUUCAACCCAGUACAAGCUUGACACAGGUUGCAGGGAUAAUGCUCAUGUCUUCUACCUGCCAUCCCCACCUAGCCCGAGCCCACAGCUUUAGAGAUGAUAGAACUGAGGUUCAGACAAUAAAAGGGUCUUGACCAGUGCCAUAUAACUAGGUCAUGCCAUGGAAGACAAGAAUAAAGAAAGAAAAAGAUACAGAGGUAGGGUAGGAGGCGGUGAGGGGGUGGGGGUAUGGGCUUGGGCGGGAAUGAGGGUGAAUGUUAUUGUUUUGAGUGCAGAAUGACUGAGAAGGGAAUCUUUGCAUUUGAAACCACUGUCCAAAGAGGAUCUAGAUGGGGUGAGAAAAUGGUAGAUAACAAGCCAAUUAGCCAGAAUAUUCAGAGUGUCAGAAGAAUCAGUACCAUACACUAUGGAUUGUUUUGCAGGAGACUGUUUGCCUGUUUUUGGCAAAAGCAGUGAGAGCUCCUCUCACUGGGCAAAAGCCUUUCCAGACUGGUCCCUGAAAGCAUCGUGCAUACAGAUGCCUGCUGGUUGCCAUGGUGAAUGAUGCUGAUCCGUAGAAAUAAAUAAUGUGAGCGCUGGGGGCGACAGUGGGAUUACUCAGUGGUGAGAGAGGCAUCCAGGAGAGUCCAGAGCGGAGGAGGAAGAAGGCACUAUCCUCCCGCCUUUCGUCUACUCUGCCUGAGAGCAGGGAUCUCACCAGAUACGCCGCAAGCAUCAGAAUCGGGAUGAACAUCAAGGUUGGGAACGUUUCUUACACGGGAGCCAUCAUCUCCUGGUCGUCCCCGGAGCCCUGCCUGGAGGACUAUUACCAUAUUAUGUACAGGCCCAACUGGAACAGCAUCUUCUCCGGCUAUCUUCGCUACAGCUUCCACCACGAGGAGAAGGUGCCUCGAACCAUCAGCUCCGUGGCGCUGGAGCACCUCGCCCCUUCCACGCUCUACUUCCUGUGCAUCAGCUGUAAGAAGGCCGUUCUUCCCUACUGGCACUACUGCACCAUGUUCCACACCCUGGAUAAGAGUCCGCUGGCUGCCGGGGGCUCCCUGGUGGACCCCCAGGUCUCGCUGUGGGUGCUGAUGGCCAUCCUGCUGGCCUGCUUCACGGCUGUCCUGGCCUUCAUCUGCCUCCAGUUCUGGUGCAUCCGUUGCCACGAGCCUCGGUGGUCUUACAGAGCCGGCCACAUGGAGGAAGCCAACGGGCUGGUGCGGUGGCCAGAGGAGGUGCCCGCUCUCGGGCAGAGGGAGGAAGACCAGCCGGGGCUGCCCCUGAUGGAGAUGCCGCGCAAGAACUCCGGAGCUGAAGCUGUGCCAGAAGCCGCCACGGACCAGGAUGCCCCCGACGCGGGGGACUUACAGCGGGAGGGCACUGACCACCCAGCCGCACUGCCCCGUCCCGGGGAGUGAGCGGAAGAGGAGAUGGCCCGCACCAUGCAGCCUAAAGCCCUCCAUGCAGUAGGUCUUUUGUAAAAAUGUGUCUAUACGCCACCCGCUUCUCUCCUGUCAAAUGUCAGUGCUACUUUGGAUCGCCUGAGUCGGACAGAUGCCCGGCGACACAGCUCUCGAGCUGGAAAAUGUACCCACCCAGGGUGUGCCAGGGACAAAUAAGCAUCUCUUCAGCAGUGUCCAUUUAGGGGGAGCCCAGUUAAGAACUGAAGGCAUUAUUUAAACAUCAAAGCACGCAUGGAUAUAUUACAGAGUAGAAAAUAAAA